GACCUGCGCAAUGUGGUUUGGUUAUCUGGACAAACAGGGUCUGCAAGGGGUUAUCAGAAUGCAUCAUUUUGGUAGAAAUGUGUUAUUAUGAUCGGUUAUCAAAGAUCAGAGGUUAAAUAGAACCCAGUCAAGCUUCUAAAAUCGCUACUGUUUAUUAUUGAUCAUUUUUAGACGUACUUCCGGGUAGCCAUGGCUGUAGCAUCGGAGGAUCUGAAAUUCACUUUACAAGAGGUUCUUGACACUUUUAAGUCAUGCCUCUCUGAACACAAAGAAGUAUUCAUUGAACAUUACGUAGCAGGGUGGCGUGGUCUCGUAAGAUUCAUGAACUGCCUGGGGAGUGUGUUUUCCUUCAUCUCCAAGGAUGCUGUCAACAAGAUCCAAAUCCUGGUCAACCAUCUGAAUGGUGAGAAUGGGGCCCACUACGUCACCAUCCAGUCUAUGGUCAAGUAUGAACUGGACAGCCAACUGGUGGACCUGACCAAGAGAGACAGUUUCCCAGAGUCCGGCUGCCGCACCCUCCUGAGGCUGCACCGUGCCCUACGCUGGCUGGAGCUAUUCCUGGAGAGGCUACGAACCAGCACUGAGGACAGCAAUACCUCGGUCAUGUGCUCUGAGGCCUAUAAUGAGUCCCUCGCCCAACAUCAUGCAUGGAUCAUCCGCAAGGCUGCCGGCACAGCGUUCUGGGCUCUCCCAGGUCGUGCUACGUUCUUUGAUGUGUUGAAUGUAGGUAGCCCAGAGCAGGUGAUGGCUGUGCUAGGGGACACACUGCCUCUCAUCUCUGAGGUAUACAAAGUGACAGAGGACCUCUAUGCCCAGAACAACAUACUGGAGUUGCCCUAGUAGGCAGAAAGUACUGUAGUAGUAGCCUGGUGGUCCUAGAUCUGUUUGUGUCUUACCAACUCCAAUGGAAUUGUUCAUAGGAGUUGGUAAGACUGCAUGAACCGAUCUGUGACCACCAAGCUACUGUAGCUCUACUGGUCCAACCAGCACAUCAAUGCUGGCAAGCCAUGCUGCUCUCAAUCUUUUCUUGGUGACCAUUUAUGGUGUAUAAGGAGGGGAUUAUUAUUGUAUAUAAUAUGUACAUUAUGAUAUAAGGCAACAUUACCCAUAUGUUUCUUUCUAAAUGUAAAUCUAUGGCUUCCAGUGCUGUUUUUGUUCAACACACGUUUCUGGCAUUACAUUUUCUCCUUAAUGUACUUUAAUUAUGCAUCAUAGUUUAUCUCUCAAAGUAGGUUUUGUAUCAUUACAAAUGCACUAGCAGAUUUAAAGGUUGUGUGCCUGUCUUGUUAAAUCUCAAGAUAGACAUUUGAUUUUUUUAAAUAUAAACCAGUUAUUUUACAGUUUUAAAUGUUUUCUGUUGACUAUGAAUUAAGUUAUACACUGUGACAUGAUAGGCCUAAGCUAUGUUGUUUUUGUUCUAUUUCUGCAUUGAUUUAUGUAUCUCUAUCAUUUUGUCGUGAUGUUAUAUAACCUAAGAUUGAAGAAGGAUAUUAGUGUUAAAUCUGGUGUAAUGUUUCAAUUACAGUUCUUGCACAGUGCAAAACAUCUCUGUUUGGACUGGAGGCAGUUGUGAUAGAAAUGGAAUGGAUGCUACUGAUUCUGCACGCUCCUUGGCUUGCACCAGGGGGCACCUGUUGAUGUGGGAGCGUGCGAGGCGAGCAGCGUUGUCAAGGUAACGAUAGCUGUGUUGAUAGUUUGAGUGACGCUGCCUGCUGAAAAAGCCUCAACUUCCCGCUGGAGUGUUGACAAACAAAAGCGAGACUUAUCUAUCUGCUAAAAUGCAAGGUAUGCUGCAGAUAUGUUUGCUAUUAUUCCUAUCUUGCACUGUUAUUCUAGAGGCAAGUAUGUCCCCUCUUUGUUAUCUACUUGGAUCUGACAGCUUAGCUAGCUAACACUAGCUAAUUUGCUAGCUACUGUUACUGGUCAACAAGGAAAUCAAGUGCAGUAACGUUACAUGUUCUCUCACUAGCAUGUCAAUACGAUUAGCUAGCUCAGCUUGCAAGUUGGCCAGUGCUCUCAAAAGGGGUGGCCAGUCUCCUCCUGAGCAGCUACCGGGUAUGAAGGCUUUUGCUCCAACCCUGAGGAGCAUACAUAUAGUUAGCUAGCUAGCCAUGUUUUAUUUCACCAGUGAUGGUACAAAAGUCUGCACACCCAGUGGCUUUCUGCAAGAAUGCCAUCACAGUGACUAUGAUGAGAAAGAAUAUAGAGGAAUAACUUCAAUGUAUUUUCAGGUCUCUCUUGACUAUCUCCCAUCUUUCAGAGUUGAGUCGCAUAUAAACCAUUCUACUCCUGUGGAGAAGAAUGCAUUUGACCAGGCCAAAGUCCUCGAAAGGGCGUUGUCAACCCAGUUUGAGCCACACUCCAAACGUGGACGUGGCUGCCAGCUUCCACGACACACCAAUGAUCCCCAAGCCUCCUUCAAUGGGCUACAACAGGUCAGAUCGCUGCCUCCUUCCCGCUAUCACAGCCAGCUGAGUGUGGACGAAGUCCCAUACUACCUAGAUAAUGUUCCUGAGCUACCCUCUCUUCCCUUGGAACAAAUACAAGCCCCUCCCCUCAAUUGAGAAGAAGGCAUCAGAGGAGGGUGUCUUUGAGUUGUGUGGAGGAGAAGAAAUCCAAGCUGUCUGUCCGACAACCAACUGUCCUCAGUGAGGACCCGGGCAUCAUCCCAGAGCAACCCGGAGAUAGGCAAGGUCUGCCCCACCCCAACCCUCUGGACCUCAGUGUGAUGGCCACAACCCCAGAGACCGACAGCCCACCAGUAUUCCCCCCUGGCACUCCCGAUUCUAGGAGUUUACUCCUUGCCAUCCGAGCCCCAUGUGGGAGGAGGUUUGAGCACCACUUCCUGCCCACAGACACCCUGCUGCAGAGGCCAGAUAUGGAUCCAGAUAUAAGCAUGGUUAUGUGGGGUUUUUAUAAGGUUUUUUGACAUACUUAACUAACUAUAAGCUAGUAGGGCUUCUGAUGCAUUAAAGUUUGAAUUGCUGACUCUUGUGAACCUGCAUUUUCCAUUGUUCUCACUUUUACCAGUGCUCAGGGCCUAACCAUGAACAAGCAGUCUGAAAUGUGUGUGUGUAUGAAAUAUGUGUGUGUAUGCAACAAAUGUAUCAGUAGUGUGGGCGCUGUACUGUGUGACCGAGACUGUGCUAAUCUUAGAGAGACACAGGAGGGGGGUGAAUCAGGAGACUGCUGAAUAGACAAUAACAGAUAAACUAUACACACGAAAAACAUAUGUGAGGUUCUGAGUCAUGCACUAUAACCCAAUACUAUAAACGUGAUCAGCAACUAUAUUAUAUGUGAUUGAAUACUAUAAACGUGAUCAGCAACUAUAUUAUAUGUGAUUGAAUACUAUAAACGUGAUCAGCAACUAUAUUAUAUGUGAUUGAAUACUAUAACAAAUGUGAUUUGAUAUUGUAAACUGUUUGGGCGCCUGGAUGUCUGUGUGUGUGUGCUGGAAGUAACGGUUAGCUCAGAUAAGGAGCUGGGAAGCUGUUGUUAGCCUUGAGCGAGAACAGUGGACAAUGUAUACAGGUGCAGAUAUCUCAGACAAUGUUAUAAAACUGUCUGACCCCAGUCUCUGGGGUGAAGGAGCGUAAUCUACACAGCAACAGCGUCGGGACAUCACAUGCGCUAAGGGGCCAGGACUGGCUUAAGGCGCCAAUAUCAACGAUAGGCUGGGUGAGUCUAAACCACGCCCAGUCUCUACACUGACAGGCCGGCUCGGAAGUGGGAACUAACCUCUGUCAGAGUAUAAUAUAAUAUCUUUGUCAGAAACAAAUCAGUUCUCUGUCUUAUCCUGCGUGAUGAAAUAUUGAACCCGUAUAUACGGAAAUUGUAUUUGCCAUUUAUUAACUUUUGAAUUAAACAAUUAUUUUAACCAA